UUAGGGUUUUUGCGAUGGAGCUGCUAUGGAGGAGUUCGCCAUUCACCAGCGCUGCUCAAAUACCUCUCAAAUUCACUCGCCAAUCGCCCGCAGGAGCGAUCCCUUUGUCGAUCACCGCCGAGGAAUACAAUCGCCGGGAGAACAGGAGAAUGAAGCACCAAAGAAUUCGCAAGAAGCUGAGCGGUACCACGGAGAGGCCACGGCUCGCAGUUUUUCGUUCCAACCAGCAUUUGUACUGCCAGGUGAUUGACGACACCAAAAUGCACACGCUCGCGGCCAUGUCGACGAUCCAGAAGCCCCUCCGCGACGAGCUCAAUCUCAGUUCUGGCCCAACGAUUGAGGCGGCAAAACGAGUCGGGGAAGAGAUUGCCAAGCUUUGUCUCAGUAAAGGAAUCACCAAAAUAGCUUUCGACCGGGGUGGAUUUGAGUACCAUGGUCGGAUCAAAGCCCUGGCCGAGGCCGCUCGAGAGAGUGGGCUUGAGUUCUAAACAAAUUCUUCUCUUUUUGUUUUA